AUGCAUUGUGUUAGUAUUUUAUUAUUAGUUCUCUACCUGUCGUUGCCGGUGAUAGACGCGUCAACAAACAUGACGAAAAAUCUAAAAGUUCUUGUCUCUUCAAAUGAUUUCGCGGAAAGCGGCAUCAAAAUACUAGAAGAACAUUUUACAGUGCUUAAGUCUCGUUACUUUGGAUUCGGUGAUGAAGGGCUGAAUGAGAACAUGGCAGAGCUGAUGAGCCUCAUCCCAGGAUGCUCUGCUCUCAUCUGGAUCUCACAUCAUCCUAUCACCAAGGAACUGUUGGAUAAAGCUGGUCCCCAAUUAAAGCUUGUAAGUACAGCAUCAGCGGGGUACAACAACUGCAAUGUACCAGAACUCAAGGCUCGUGGCAUCAAGCUCUCUAACACACCGGAAGUGUUAAGUGGUGCCGUCGCCGAAGUCGCUGUUGCAUUGAUGAUCGCAGCUGCAAGGCGCUUUCCAGAAAAUUUAGACCAAGUGAAGAGAGGAGUAUGGGACGGCAUCGGUUUCCAAAACGUGCUCGGUCUAGAUAUGCGCGGGAGCACAAUCGGUAUUGUAGGCUUUGGCGGGAUUGGGCAGGCUACAGCCAAGCGUCUUGUGGGCUUCGAAGUUGGCAAAUUCCUGUACUCUGGCCAUCGGGAGAAACCAGAAGCUAAGGAAUACAACGCCCAGUUCGUACCACAAGAAACAUUGUUGACUGAAAGUGAUUUUAUACUACUGGCUGCACCUCUCACUGAUGAAACACGGCACAUGAUCAACAAAACCACACUAGCAAAGAUGAAGAAGAAUGCCAUUAUUGUUAACGUUGGUCGAGGAGAUCUCAUAAACCAGGAUGACUUAUACGAUGCUUUGAAGAACAAACAAAUUUACGCAGCUGGAUUGGACGUAUCCACACCAGAACCACUGCCCAAAGACCAUAAGCUGCUCACUCUCCCCAAUUUAUUCCUCCUGCCUCACAUUGGGAGUGCUACAGUGCGUACACGAAAUGACAUGGCCGAAUUAGCUGCUAAGAAUGUAGUCAACGCCUUAUAUGGAAAACCUUUAAUCACUCCUGUUUUACCUUAA